CUUGCCCGCAGCCCCCUUACGAAGGUGAAGCUGAUCAACGAGCUGAACGCGCGGGAGGCGGAGCUGGGCGUGCAGGAGGCCGUGUCUUGGCACGCCGAGUACAAAGACAGCGCCUGGAUCUUCGUCGGCGGGUUGCCCUACGAGCUGACGGAGGGGGAUGUCAUCUGCGUCUUCUCACAGUACGGGGAGGUCGUUAACAUCAACCUGGUGCGGGACAAGAAGACCGGCAAGUCCAAGGGCUUCUGCUUCCUGUGCUAUGAGGACCAGAGGAGCACCAUCCUUGCUGUCGACAACUUCAACGGGAUCAAGAUCAAAGGAAGGACCAUCCGAGUCGACCAUGUGGCAAACUACCGGCCCCCCAAAGACUCUGAUGACUUAGAUGACAUCACCAAAGCCCUCCACGCCAAGGGAUGUGGGGUUAAAACACCACCUCAUUCAUCAUCUGAUUCCCUCUCAGAAGAUGACAGUGUGCCUGUGAAAAAGCAAAAAGAGGAGAAGAGCAGACAGGAGCGGCACAAGCCGAGCUCGCAGCCUGGGAAGAGGGUGGCUGCUGAUGAGGAGACACAGCCCAGGGUCAAGAUCAAGAAGGAGAAGGAGGACCCAGCCUAUGAGCGCUACACCAGUGGGAGCCAGCAGCCCUGGAGGGGCUCUGACGGGAAGCCCUCGAGCAGGACCCAGCGAGAAGAGGACGAGCGGAAGCACCAGAGACCCUCAGAGAGGAGAGGAGGGGAAAAGAGCAGCCAGGACCAGAGAGGGCAAAGUAGUUCAAGGGAGGAGAGGGAGGCUAGCAAGAGGAGCAGGCGAGAAGAGUGUCCUGAGGGGGGCAGAUCCCGGGAGCGUGGGGAGCACAGGCACAGGGAGCGGGGCUCUGCCCGAGGCUCCAGCCGCUGCUGAGCUCCAGGGGCUGGGGGAAGCCCUAACCCUGACUAAAGGCCUGCUUUGACCUUCUCCAUGCUGAGGGAGAGGCCCUGAGCCUGCCCAAAUACUUUCUCAGUUCCUCUCCAUGAUAAGAGAGGCCCCAAACCUGCCCCAAAACCUGCUCAGAGCCUCUCUUUGGGCCACCACAGAUGGACUGUUCACUUCCACCACCUUCCAUGUGGAUUCUCCGCCAUCCUGGGGCUGAUCUUGUUGCCUGUGCCACCAGCUUGGUACAGCAGGUUUGUUGCCUCCCUGGAGCUGGUCUCUGGGAGCAGCAGGAUAUUCUCUCCUAAAUCACUUGCUUUUGUCUGUCCUGGUUGGGCUGUCCCCACACUGCUUUCCAGGGAGAGGUCAGGAGGUGGCCUCUCGUCCUCCAUCUUUGGGUGCUGAGCACCCACCCAGCAGCACCUGGCAUCCGGGGGAGCCCCCAGAGCUGUGGU